AUGACUUAUAACCCUCCUAUCAGCUCUGAUACGAUUUUAUCUCUAAAUCCUUACGAUUCAUCUGUUAGCGUGACCAGCGUAAUUGAUUUGCAUGCAGCAGCUCUUAUAAAGUUUAACCCUCAACAGAGUUUCUUAAGAACAUCGACAUGCUUCAUUCCACCAAACAAAAUUUUUUGUUUUGGAAAUUCAGAAGGGCGAGUUUAUGUUGGGAAAACUGUGAUAAUUGAAGACGACCAAGCAAAAGUAAUGAAAGAAGGAACUGCCUGCUUAAACUCUGGGUCAGUUUAUCUCAAUGGCUGGUCAAGCAUGAAGCCUACCCUCCACCUUUAAAUUCAACUAUUAUCUUUGUUAUAAUUUACAUUAAGUAUCAGAGCUCUUAUAUGAUUUCAGUGUGGUUUUUAUUAUUAUGUCUCAUUUAGAAUGUAAAUUCAUGAUUUAAACAAUUUUAAAUUAAUAUUAAAGUAGGCAAAUCUUUAAAUCGCACCUAUAAAGGAUUAUUCAUUUUAUCAGACUCCUUAUCUAUAUAUAGUCCUGCCUAUAGCCUGAUUUAUUGUCUUGAAUCACAAUAUAACAGCUAUACUUAUAAGAGUGUGAUUUUAAAGGUAUAUUGUUUCAUACAUGGCCAAAUGGCUAUGUUUAUCUAUUUGGAGGAAAUAAUAAUAACGGAAUCUUACCUUUAUGUGAAAAGUUUUCUAUAUUAAGAAAUAAUUGAUCAAAACUAGCUAUGCUGGUAACACCUAUGAUAAAUUGUGUUUGCAUUGAAUUUUGUGGAAAAAUUUUAUAUUCAGGCAAUUCAAAUCGAGUGUAUUUAUAUGAUGUUUAUUUAAAUUCCCACAUAGUCGUUAUCAAUGCACACAGUUUGACAAGCUACUCUGCCAUUGGGAUGAAAAGGCUUAUCUUAUCGAAAGUCAAGGAAAAAUUUAUGAAAGUGAUAAAAGAAAUCCUUUUCAUUGAAGCUUUGUUAGCUAUACAGCACCCAAAUUUAUUAAUUGCAAUUAUACUGGGAUAA